AUCCUGACUUUAACCCUUCCUUUUCUGACAAGCCAAAAAUGUCUGUCACUAGAUAUCGCCGAUUCCUCAAGUUAUGUGAGGAAUGGCCAAAAGACGAAUCAAAAAAAGGUCGAGAUUUGGGCACAUUCUUAAGACAAAGAAUAGCCAGUGCAUUCCGAGAGGGCGAAAACACACAGAUUUCAGAUCCAGAAAAAUGUGAUCAGAUUUAUGAAAGUCUGGCCCGCAUCAACAGCAACGUUUACAAAGAAAAGUUUCCACGAGCAAAAGACACAAGUUUUACAGGUGUGACGGUGGAAGAAUGUAGGAUGUUAUUGGCAACAGAAAUGGGCAGGAUCCCUCACUCUCAUCUGUGUGCAAUGUGUUAGAAGAUUGUCUCUGCACGACAAGUGUAGUUCUGUUCUAUAAGCUUGUUGAAGUGCUUUACUGAAUCCAUAUGUAGGCCAAAGUAUGUACCAGUCAAGACACCAGGUUUAUCUGGUUUGCUUCUUUGUCAGAGUACAGCUAAUUUGUGAAAUCACCUUGAUGUGUGCAUACUUGGAACAAAAACCUAUAAAUACUUAAUAUAGCCAUUCUUUCAUUCUGUUCUUGCAUACCUUUUAAGGACACCCCCUGAAUAAUCAUGUACACUAUGCACAGAGGUCAAAAACACUACUUUUAUCAGGGUGUGAUUGUGCAUAUUUGAGAUUUUUAUUUAAAAGAAAAACAUCAGACAUGCAUAGCCUAAGGAGUCUCAUAAGUUCUCUGUUCAUUGAUGACCAGUGUCAAAUUACUAUAUCAUAUGAGCUACAACAGUGAUUUUGUAGGUUUUCUACCCCAAAAUACUAGGCAAAAAUGACACCACGUCUCUUAGGAUGUAUGAGAGCAACGAUGCUGGAAUGCACUUUGAGGCCAAAAAUGUGUAUUUAAAAAAAGUAAUGCUGACCUAGCUCAUAAAGAUCAAUCUCUUUGAUAAGACACAUUUUUAAAAAAAAUCUUUUUUUUUUUUCUUUUUUUUUUGUGAUUGCCCAUGUAAUAGACCCCAGGUUCAUGUCAUUAAAUUAUUCAC